AGCCCAGACAAAUUGUUGGAUGAAAUUUAGAGUUACCACUUAGUAUUCAUCCUCAUUUUAUCACAGCUAGCUUUUGCCAACACAUACUUUAAUUUGUCUUGCCCCCACCCUCAACUUCUGGUGGCAAUUCACUGUUCCUGGGUGCCCAAGACAUUUAAGAACCAACCAUAUAUAUCUCUUGAAAUUGGUGGUUGAUUCAGUCACUUGUAACUCCCAACUACCUGAGCUGUCUUUGUCGGUUGUGUUGUCCAACUGUCCCUCUCUUCAAUUGAGUUAUUAUAGUAAUUACUAUGUUAAUCCUUCCUUAAAAGCAUGGGUAUAAAACUGGUUUAGUUUGGGUGUCUCCAGGAUAUAAAUGCAUCCCCUUACUAGUCUCACAAGGAAACCCAACCCAAAGCUUAUAAUUUCUUGUUUUUCUUUCAUCCUGCUCUCCAACUGCAACUCACCCUUUGAGCCAAUCCCCAACUGGGACAUGGGAAUUUGGUCACUGCCCUUGUUCUGGGAGGAGUUCUCAAGAUUCUUGGUAACAUGGUUCAGAAAAGAUAAGAACUUUCUGAAUGGUUUCUUGAAUUUUGCAAGAAUCUUGACCCCGGUGACGAUGGAGAUGACUACGGCUACUGUGAAGUUAAGACCAGAAAAUGUGGGGUUUAAGGAGGAGACCAGUCUGCUGGAUUUGCCAGACUUGGCUCUGGACUGCAUUCUUGAGAGGCUUUCACCAGCAGAGCUGUGCAGUGUGGGUAGGGUUUGCAGUUCACUGAGAGAGAAGUGUGUGAGUGACCAUUUGUGGGGAAAACACAUGGAUCAGAAAUGGGGGAAAUUGAUUGGAAAUGCUGCCUGUAGAGAAUGGCAAAGCCACAUUGCCUCAAGAAAGAAGUCUGCCCAGUUGAAUUCCAAGAAUCAGACAGAUAUAUUUGGGUAUUUUUUGAGUUCUGCAAAUUUCCUGUUGAGUAGACCAGAAGCAGAAGAGAAUAGAUUCAAGACCUCUCUAUACAAGGACUCUAUCAUGGCUUUAUAUUUCUCACUUGAAAGUGGCAAGUUUUGGUUCCCAGCUCAGGUUUAUAACCGUGAGGUGCAGAAUGGGCAACUUGGGUUUACACUAUCCUGUUAUGAUGCUGAAGUGAACUAUGAUUCUAAUGCAGACAAAUUCAGGGCAAGGUAUCUGACACAAGGGUGGAGGUCAAUAGAGGAAGACAUAGAGAGGAAUAGGAUAAGGGCCCCACCUGUGGAUACUCCUUCUCAUGUUCUUCACAUCUCUGAUUGCUUAAAUGAUCUAAAACCAGAUGACCACAUUGAGAUCCAGUGGAGAAAGAACAAAGAAUUCCCUUUUGGUUGGUGGUUUGGAGUUGUAGGACACUUGGAAUCUUGCAGUGGCAGUAAAUUGUAUUGCAAAUGUCAUACCAGUGACAUGGUGAUACUGGAGUUCAGGCAGUAUUCCCCGGGCUCGAGAUGGCGACAGGUGGCAAUAAACAGGAAGGAUCAUCAAGAAAUUGGGAAUGAAAUAGAUGGGUUCUAUGGUGGAAUCAGAAAGCUUUACAAUGAAGAGGAGAUUUCAGCAUGGAAGUGCUUUUGGCCAAGCUGCACUUUGGAUUAACACCAUAGAUACUGCAUUCUUAGUGCUUAUUCUCUUUUCUGCACUUUUUUUGUAUGAAGAAAGAAGCCAAUGGGCCACAACAAAUUUAAAUUUUUAUUGAGUGCACAA